AUGCUAAUUUCCCCGAAGGCAAAACGUAAAAAGGUGAAUAAAGAAGCAUCUUUUCCACUACUAUCAGACGUGACCCAAAAUCAUAAUUGCAAUGAUCCAAAAUUCAUUAUCAUUAAAUCUACCGAUGUGUCCAACUCCUUAUCAAAAUACAGCGUUUUUGCUAAAAAGAAGGCUAUUGAUGGCAUUAGUACCGAAUACUUAUCAGUAAGCUUACUACGCGAUGGCAGCCUGCUGAUUCUAACAAAAUCUCUCAAGGUUGCUGAGAAAUUUAUAAAAUGCAAAAACUUUGGCGGCCUAUGUCCCGUGUCUGUUACUCUUCACGAAGCCCUUAACACUUGUAAAGGUACAAUUUUCGACAAGAAUUUGGCAAAUACGGACGAAAAAGAAAUUCUGGAGGCUUUAAAUUCACAAGGAGUUGUGGGAAUAUUCAAAUUUACUAAAACUAUUAAUAAUAUAAAAGUUCCUACAGGCAGAAUAGUUCUGUCGUUCAACUUGUACAAAGUUCCCCUCACUAUUGACAUAGCUUGGUACUCAGUGAAAGUUGAGGAAUACUUUCCUACCCCCAUGAGAUGCCGCUCAUGCCAACUACUAGGUCACACCAUAAAAAGAUGCAAUAAUAACACCACAUGUGAAAUUUGUAACUUUCCACCCCAUUCCACACUGCCAUGUCAACGCACAAUGUGUGCUAACUGUUUUGGGCCUCACCCCGCCACUGCUAGAGACUGUCCAAAAUACUUACAAGAGAAAGAGGUAUUAAAAAUAAAGACGCAGAACAAGUGCAGUUAUGCCGAAGCAAGACGCUUAUACAAACAACAAAACCCCAUCAACCUAAGCCAAAUGCAAUCUUACUCGUCAGUUCUAAACUCAACACAAGUUUCGCACCACAAUAUCGCUCACAACUCCAUGGAUCGUACCUCUUCAAACAGCACUGCAGUCGCCACUCAACCACUCAACACCACUAACCAAUCCGACACAUCUACGAACACGUCUCUUUCAAGUUCUCAUUCAAUCUCUCAACACUCAUUGGAUCAUAUUCAUACUCCUUCAAUAGCCAUCACAACGUCGACACCUCAAUCUCAAUAUCUCUCAGCUAACUCAAACGAUCAAAACAACAUCCACUCAACAGCAAAUAUCCGCUCUACCUCUCCAAUUCAUUCUCCAACCACACCAACUAUCAGUACCAUGGACUGUAUUCAAAACAAUAACAACUACGAAACUAAUGCAUCAACAACUCACUCCAAUCAAUUUUCUGUUCACCAAUCAAAUCCUCUUACUACACCCUACAAUUCCUACAACACCGCAAACACUGAAUCCAACACUCAUUCCAAUACAAUCCCGCAAUCUCUACUAACAACAAUAUCCGAAAUGCACAAUACUACUACACCUUGGGAGCUUCAAGAACCAGAGCUAUAG